GUCGCAUCUGCUGAUGCUCAAAUCGGUUACCUGAGCUUUGGGCUAUGAUGGUUUCUCAUCUGGGUAUGCAAGCGAUGCGGACAGGCGAAGCACUCGCUGUAUAUAGAGGCUGAUACGUCAUACACUGGUGACCAGAUAAGUUCUGAGCUGUCUCCCGCCAAUCUAGCUCCUCGACCAGCCCCGGGACUUCCCCCAUGGAGCCGUCCGCCUCCGUAUACACGACCUUCAACCUGCGAGUCUACGACCUCGUCGUGCUCGUCUUCUCCAACAUCUUCGCAUGGCGCUGCUCUACUCGCUCCAUACUCCUUCCCCUCUACGAACAACACCUCAAGGAGUCCACCGCUCACCUCGAGAUUGGGGCAGGCACCGGCUACUACCCCGCUGCAGCGGCCUCCUCCGGUGCCUUGUCGAAGACUAGGCUGGUCACUCUCUGUGAUCUCAAUCCCACCACCCUCGAGUAUUCGAGGCAGCGCCUGGAGAAAGCGGGCUACCGAGGCUCGAUCCAGACACUUGUCCACAACGUCUUCCAACCGCUUCCCGAGGACAUGCACGGCAAGUACGACUCUGUCGUGCUGUACUACCUCUUCCACUGCCUCCCGGGCUCCUUUCCUCGAAAGGCGAUAGACGUCCUCGCGAACGUCGUCCCCGCGCUCUCGCCGGACGGCGUGGUCUACGGAUCCACCGUCCUGGGGCAGGGAGUGGCGCACAAUUGGCUGGGCAGGAGGCUCAUGGGGCUGUACAACAGGAAGGGCAUCUUCGGCAAUGUCGGUGAUUCGGUGGACGGUCUCCGACAGGCUCUGGAGGAAGCGUUCGAGGAAUCUUCGGUGGAGGUUGUUGGAGUUGUGGCGCUGUUCGAGGGGCGGAAGCCGAGGGCCAUCAACACGUGAUAGAUCCCUAUCGUAUGCCGAACUCUCUUGCCCUUCACGGCGCUGUCACUCAUUCCUCCGUACUUGCAGGAGGGUGCUUUGUUCUAGUACGCUGCACGGGAUGCAGGAAAAGAUGUCGCCUCAAUCACCUCACAGCCUUCGAGGCCUCGUGUGCGAGUCCUGUGGGGCAUGUCGUCCGCUUGAUUUGAGCUCACUACCGUUCAAUCGUCCUUGCAUGAAAAAGGCCGUUCCUAUCUUUGAUCCGCCCCGAAGUGAGCUUCUUCGCCCUGAAGUUCGGUGGAAGGGUUCUCUUUGGGUCAUCUUGGCCCUUGCCAUUGGUUUGGGGUUGCAAUAUCGUAAUCGGAAUUGAAUGCCUUC